CAUUCUUUCACUUUGCUUGCGAGUUGAGUUAUUCAGUUGUCUCAGUCUCCUCUACGGUAUCACACCCAUACAUUCACCCAUCAAGCUCAUCACAACUCCCCACAGUGUCCCUAUCCCUUCUGUUAUCUGAAGUCACCUCUUUCGUUCAUUGCCAAAUCAUGUCUUUACCACAUAUCGCCCUCGUCGGUGCCACAGGUACCCUUGGCCCGUGUGUGUUGAAAGCUCUGGUGGCUGCGUCGUUCCCAGUCACCGUCCUCACUCGCGUCGGGGGUGGUUCAAAGAUCAGUAAACUCCCAGCAGGGUCAAACGCCACUAUCAUUGUCAAAGAAGUCGACUACACAUCUCACCGGUCCCUUGUCGAAGCUUUGUCGAGUGUUGACGUCGUCGUGUGCACAUUGGGGUCUCAAGAUCUGUUCGAGACCCAAAGAUCCCUCAUCGACGCGUCCGUCGAAGCCUGCGUCAAGCGCUUCAUCCCGUCCGAAUACGGCAACGGAGCCAACGAAAAAGUUCGACGUUUCCCACUUCUAUGGGCCGACAAGGACAAGACACAGACGUACCUCGAGGAGCAAGUUGCCGCGCACUCAGUCUUUACGUAUUCCGUCAUCAACACCAGCUCUUUUUUGGAUUGGCAACUCGAGAGGGGAUUCAUGGUGAAUCUGAAAGAACACACUGCGACGAUUUACGACGGUGGGAACGUUUUCAAUUCCGUGACGACCCUGGACACCAUCGCCGAGGCAGUCGUGGCGGUGAUACGACACCCCGAGGAGACCAAAAACAGACACGUCUUUGUCCACGACGCUGCAAUCACGCAGAAUCAAUUGAUCCGAAUCUCGAAAAAGAUUGAUGGAAAAGAGUGGAAGACGACGCCAAUGUCGACUGACCACACAGAAAAAGACGCCUACGAGGCCGUCGAGCAAGGUGAUCACAUGAUCGCGACCCUGGGGUUCAUUGCUCGAUCCUGCUGGGGUCCAGGGUUUGGACAGGACUUUACUGAGAAAUUGGACAAUGACAUGCUCGGGCUUCCCGUGAUGAAGGAGGAAGAUGUUGAGAAUCUAAUGAGAGGUAUUAUGGAGAGUUACUAACUGAUCAAUUCCAUUCUGCGUUUGAGUCAAUUUUGGGAUGUUAGGUGGUUACUUUAUUGUCUCAACAUAGUUCCAAAAAAAGAUUCUGCAACUAUACACCGGUAUAUGGUGUAUGUUUUUGUACGUCAAAGUCUGUUACCUCUCAAAAACAUAAAUCUAAGCUAUGUCAACAAAUCCCG